AUGAAUAACCCUACAACAUUUACUGGAGCAGCCUUGAUAGCUCGCGCUUUGAAGGGUCUAGGGAUAAAAGUUAUUUUCGGCUUAGUAGGCAUUCCAAUCAUACAAGUCGCUGAGGAAGCCCUUGCACUGGGUAUCCGAUUUAUCGCUUUCAGAAAUGAGCAAGCAGCCAGCUACGCAGCAACUGCAUAUGGAUAUCUUACUGGUAAGCCUGGGGUCUGCCUUGUGGUAGGAGGACCCGGUGUUCUACAUGCUAUAGCUGGAGUUGGAAACGCAUCAGCAAAUUCCUAUCCCAUUCUUCUUUUGGCUGGGUCAUGCGAGACUCACUUGGUUGGAAAGGGCGCCUUCCAAGAAUCCGAUAUCGUAUCGCUUCUAAAACCUCAUACCAAGCUAUCAAAUCGCGCAACACUAGGUUCAAUCUCUCAGUCAGUCACAGACGCAUUCAGAUUGUCAUGGUACGGAAGAGGAGGUCCAACAUUUGUAGAUCUUCCAGCAGAUAUCAUAGAAGGAGAAGGUAGAGAAAUUAAAACCCAUAGGAUUCCAGCGCCACCUCUAGCAGCUUCUGAUCCUGCAAAAAUCCAGCUUAUUGUUGACCUCCUUAAAUCUGCUAAAGCUCCUCUAGUAAUUCUAGGUAAGGGUGCUUCCUACGCUCAAGCAGAGGUACCUAUUCGUCGUUUCUUGAAUCAUGCAAGAAUACCAUUUUUACCAACACCUAUGGGGAAAGGAAUUAUGCCUGACUCUCAUCUCUUAAACGCUGCCUCUGCACGAUCAUUGGCCCUUAAGCAAGCAGAUGUUGUACUUAUAUUAGGAGCUAAAUUAAAUUGGAUAUUACACUAUGGAGAGUCACCCAAGUGGAACGAUUCGGUUAAAAUUAUCCAGGUUGACAUUGUUGUGGAAGAGUUAGGCAGAAAUAAUGCUGACCCGACAUUUGCUGUGGUGGGUGAUAUCAGCCUUGUAGUACAUCAGAUAACUGAAGCCCUUGGCUCAUGGAAAUAUCAACUAUCAUCCCCAUUUAUCGAAGCGCUUCAUGAAAGUAAAAUUAAAAAUGAAGCAAAAGCAGCCAUUGCUGCUAAAUCAGAUGACCUUCCGAUGACAUACAGCAAAACAUUUGACAUAAUUAAGAAUACGCUCCAUAAGCUCUCACCUCCAAAAGACGGUGGAAUAGUUUACGUUUCCGAGGGGGCCAAUACCAUGGAUAUUUCCCGCAGUAUUUUCCCUGUCGAACACCCCAGAUUACGCCUAGAUGCUGGUACGUCUGCCACGAUGGGUAUCGGCCCCGGGUAUGCCAUAGCCGCAUACUGUGCGUAUAAUUUCCCUAAUCCCGAGGGGAAUUCGGGGCUCAAGCCGUGUCGAAAAAAAGUUGUUUGCCUUGAAGGUGAUUCAGCUUUUGGCUUCUCGAUGGCUGAAGUUGAGACUAUGUCUAGGUAUGGUAUGGAUAUUUUGAUAUACGUGAUAAACAACGGAGGAGUUUAUCAAGGCGACAGCAAUAAUUACGACGAUUGGUUUCAGAAACAACAGCAGGGUAUUUUGAAUAAACCAGGUGGACUUAGGAGUACGAGUCUCGGAUUUGAGGUCAGGUAUGAGAUGAUAGCAGAGAUGUGUGGUGGCAAGGGAUAUCUUGUCCGGACUCCAGAAGAGCUUGAAAGGGCAACUGAGGAGGGUUUCAAAGCAACUGUUCCAGUGGUUAUAAAUGUUAUCAUUGAAGCUGGAGAAACACAGAAGCUCAAAUUCGCAUGGCAGAAUAGCUCAAGUAAUCAAAAGCUUAACUUAAAGCUAUAG